ACAUUCUUCCGAGAAAAUGGCGGUUGUUGUCUUUGGCAAUAGUUCCGUAAUAAAUUCUAAUUUCUCUGUAUUUGUUUAAAAUUUGCAAGAUUAAACUGAUGUAUAAAAUUGUUAUACACAAUUUAUGGGAGCCGUGUAUAAGGAAUGCAAUAUUCCGUGUUUUAAUCCAACAUGCAUGGAAUCUAAAUUAGUGCUAACAACGCGGUUUUUCAUUGCGUUUAUUUGGUCUAAUAUUGUUCUGUGUGUUUAUUGUAUGCGUUUAAAUCGGCAAUAAUUUGAUCAUGGUUGUGUUUACGAAAAGUGCUUAAUAUACAGUAUUGAGUGUCAUGUUUUGGGACGCUAUAGAAGUAUAAUGUGUCAGUGAUAAUUUGUUAGUUUGAUAACAAUGGGUGAAACUGAGGAGUUUAACACACUAGCGUUUGAGAAACGUUUGAUGCAGCUGAAAGAUACUCAGGAGAGUAUCCAGGGCUUGUCAUCAUGGUGCCUUAAACAACGGCCGCAUCAUAAAAAGAUAGUAUCAAGUUGGUUGAAUGUUUUGAAAAGGGUGAAGGUGGAACAGAGAUUGGUUCUGUUCUACUUGGCGAAUGAUGUGAUCCAGUACAGCAAGAGGAAGAACUAUGAGUUUGUGGAGAGCUGGGGGCUCAAUUUGCAAAAGGCUACUCCAUUGGUCAGAGAUGAAAAAGUCAGGCCAAAAAUACUCCGAAUCUUCAAGAUUUGGGAACAGAGAUCAGUAUACGAUGAUGAGUUCCUAUCGGAUCUAACCGGCUUGCUUAGUGCUGGUGCCAUUAAGAAAACUGAUGAUGAUUCAGAGUUCCAAGAUUAUUUUCAGCCAACGCAAUUAGUUAACAAGAUAAAGCAAUGUUCCGUACUGGAGGCGGAUACAGAUAUGAGGCUCAAAGACAUUCAUGAUAGUCAUUUAGAACUAUCUGAUGCUGAUUUACUGAGAGCCAGUCUCAAGGGUUUGUAUGAAGAAAGGGGCAAUAAAGAUGAUGUAGAAAAGGAACUGAACGAUGGCAUUGCUUGCGUGGAACGGUACACAGCUGCGUUACAAAGGGAGAUAGUAGCCAGAGAGGCCUUGUUAGCGUUGUUAACGUCUGCCACACAGUACUAUUCUACGCAGAGGGGUGAAGUCAAAGUUGUCGCCUAUGCGUACAAAAACUUCGGGGCCCGCGUCCGAGCUCUAAAGCGCAAACUAGACGAGCUAACGCCGUCGCUGCCCAACGCCGCGCCGUCGCCGCCGCAGCGCGACGAGGACGUACCCUCGCCGGGACCUGAUGAGGAUCUGGAGCUGCCCGUGCCUACUGAUGGAGGGGAUGAAGAUGAGAUUGCCUACAACAUCGACCAGACGUUCAACUCGUCGAUAGCUGCCGAUGGUUCGCUCUACAACUUGGGGUUGACUUCAUUCCUUACAUCCGACAAUCCCAUGGCUUUGUUCAACGAGUCCACUGAAAAUGUUAAUAAUGCCAACAAAAUCGAAGUGAUAAAUAAUAGGCCGAACGAUAAGCAAGAUUUUAACAUAAACGAUGUUAUUAAAAACCUCAUGUCCGACAACAAUACCAACGCUUCGGACAAUAACUCAGUAACAAGCGCUCCGAUGUCCCAAAAGUCACAAGACGCGUUGCCCGGGUUGCCCGGGCUAGAUUUACUAACCCCGGAUACACCAAGCAACCCGCCGCCACCAACCUCCUUCUAUGGUACCAUGGACCUUACGGAUGAACCGGAGCCCUAUCACCCAGAACCUACGAGUCCAUGGAGUAGUAAUUGGAAUAUGCCUCGCGGCGUGCCCCCGCUGGCGGCGGGCGUGUUCGCGGACACGCCGGAGUCGCCGCCGCCCGCGCCGCGCCCGCCGCCGCCCGAGCCCCUGCACUACCCACAGGAAAUUCCAACAGACGUAGACCACAGAGGGAUAUUACCUCCUCCUCCACCUCCACCUACGUUACCACUACUUGGCCAGCUAGAAGACGUAGAUCACCGCAUGUUGCCGACGCUGCCGCCGCCGCCCGCGCUAGCGCCGCCGCCCGUCCGCCAUCCCACUGUACAGCAUCAAGAUGUAGACCACAGGAAUUUAAUAUCAUUAACGCACCAACCGGUUCCUAGGCCGCUGAACCCGCCCUUAUCAAUGGAUCAAGAUUACAGAGUACCGCCGAUGGUGCCGCCCUCAGAUAUAGUGGAGAGCGUCGACAUGGACCUGUCUGAGGACGAGGAUCAACAACGUAUGUAUUCGAACCAGCAGAAUCAGCCGGAACGUAGACACAGCUUCAACAACAACAAAGUAUUAGUUGGCGGCGACAACGGAAAGGUCCACAACGAUCAUAAUCACACAAACCUUAUACAGAUCAAAAGCGAUAAGAAAGAGUCGCAUUCAGCCCCAGUCCUACCCCCCAUGGUCAACCCCUUCGAUGCCAUGCCACCCUCCCUCAAAAACUUCAACAUGAACUUCCAACAGCCCCCAACUUACCCAAAAACCUUCGACCUCACAGAAGAAAAUUCAAAUGACAGCGCUUACGAAGAGGACUUGAGAAACAGAGGUUUAGAUAAACCACCUAAUCAGGAAAUCAGAAACCCGUCCCCCCCAUUCGAAGACUUUGCGAACGACGACUGGGUACAACCUCAUCCGAGGUUCAUGAACCCUCGGUUCCCAAGGAAUUGGGGUCCUAGGACUAAUUUCAGGCCACAAGGGUUCUCCCCGCAGCAACCCUGGCCGAGGAAUGGGCCUCGACCCCCCAACCGAUGGAUGGGGCCACCGAGGCAAAGGUUUUGGUGAAGUGAAAGUGUGUGACAGUGUUCUUACUAUAUAAAAGACCAGGUUUAAGGAAGUA